AUGUUCCUCAUCUUGACCUUCCUCCCGCUGUUGGUCCUAGGACAGGACUGUCCGCGGGGCUGGCUGGAGUACAGCGAGUCGUGCUACAAGUUCGUGAGAUCUCCUCAGAAAACUCGUGAGGAUGCUCGAGAUCUCUGCGCCGCAUACAGCGCUCGUCUGGUGAGCGUGAAUACCUUCGACGAGCUCCAGUUCAUCAUUCGAUGGCUUCGAGCUAACGACCCCCAACACCGGCGAUGGUGGACGUCUGGAUACGAACUGAAUGGAGCCUGGUCUUGGGACGGGGACGGCUCGUACUUCAGUAACAUCGAUCAGUUAUGGCUCCCGGAUACUGGAAACACUAUUUGGAAUUACGCCGCCUACAGCUACUCCUCGCGCUAUCAUCGAUGGGGCUUGGAGAGAGCCUCUCCGACGGAUCAAUUGGCACUGAUUUGCGAAAUCUUCAAAGAGAAUCUGCACCAAAUCAUCCUACAGGAGAGGACCAUAGAUUAUGGGGUGAUUGAGUUGGAUCCUUUGCGGAUCCCUCAUGGUCCCUAUUUCUCCCGAGAGCCGAAAGACGUAAUAUUCGAUCAGAGCGGCCGCUCUCAGGUGGAUCAUGUGUCUCUGCGCUGCGUCGCCUCCGGCUAUCCCACUCCCACUUACAAGUGGUACCGGGAAGUAUUCCGGGGGGACGACGUCAUUGCUCGAGAAAUAGACCCACUCGAGGCGGACCGUUUCACGCAAACGGAUGGAACCCUCAUAAUCUCGCAUCCGGAGCCGAACAUUGAUCGCGGGAAAUAUCACUGUAUCGCUGAAAACGUUUUUGGGAGGGUCAAAUCACGCACAGCGACCUUGGGAUUCGGAUAUAUUGGAGAGUUCAACAAAAAACGUGCUCCGGAUACAGGAAGAGAAUAUUGGGGGAAAUCGAUAGCAUGCGAUGAACCGCAACACUAUCCCAAAGUGAACUACUAUUGGACCAGGAACUCUUUCCCGAACUUCGUGGAGGAGGAUCGACGAGUCUUCGUAUCACACGAUGCGCAUCUCUACUUCAGUUCACUGGAGAAAAUCGAUAACGGGAAUUACUCCUGCAACGUUCAAAGUGACAUCAGCGACACCGGGAGGACGGGACCAUUUUUCCCCGUGAUCGUGGAACCAGGCUCCAGCGGACAAAAGCUUCUGUUCCCGAACAAUUUUCCGAAGAGUUUCCCACAGACUAUCCUUGCGGGGGAUCGUGUUCGAUUGGAGUGUAUCGCUUACGGAUAUCCUGUGCCGCGCUAUAAUUGGACUCGGGUCAACGGCGAUUUACCGUAUGGAAGUUACGUCGAGAGCCACGAAAGAGUUCUAAUAAUUCCGAAGGUCCGGGUCGAAGACGAAGGCGAAUAUGUCUGCAGCGCCAUCACCAACCAGCAGUCCAUCCAGAAGUCCCAUCACCUCUCCGUGCAAGCUCUGCCCGAGUUCACGAUACCCUUGGAGAACCAGAUCUUCGACGAGGGCGCGACCCUCACGUGGGAAUGCGAGGCUUUCGGCAUACCGGACAUCAGCUACGAGUGGUAUUACAACGGCAGACCCCUCAACGACACCUCGAAUCUCCAUCGCCUCAACAGAUACAUCAUCAAUGAGAAUAUCCUCAUUAUCAAUCAGGUCGCGAGAGGCGGCGAAGGCGAAGGAGGCGACGAGGGAAUGUAUCAGUGCAUGGCUCGGAACCAAAUCGGCUCUGCUUUCUCGUCAGCUCAGCUGAAAGUCAUCUCAUUGAUGCCGAACUUCUGGAAAUACCCUCUAGAAACGGAGCUGUAUGCGGCCGAAGAAGGGAACUUGACGAUCUCUUGCCGGCCCGAGGCGGCACCCUUCCCUGAAUUCUUAUGGAAGAAAGACGGUUACAAUGUGGGUACAUCCGGGGGAGGUCGUGUCUACAUUAUGCCGAACGGUUUCUUGCGCAUCAAUCCAGUGAGGAUCGAGGACGAGGGCAAUUACACCUGCAUUGCCAAGAACAUCUACGGGCAGGACAUGUCUUCUGGGAGGCUGAUCGUAUUGCCUCCUCCGAUCGCGUAUCAGUCGCCGCCACCUCGUCUAAGUGCCGUUGUCAAUGACACGGUAACAUUGCUGUGCGAGGCCAAGGCUUCGCCUCUUCUCGAUCUGUCGUACACCUGGACCCACAACGACUUGAAGAUCGAUUGGCGUCGAAGCCCACUGUACGAGACGAAAUAUUCCAUGCCUGAGGCAGGAAAUCUUGUCAUUUACAAUGUCACCUUUGCCGAGGCCGGUUUCUAUAAAUGUAUAGCGAAGACUUCUAUCGGACGCGUGGAGAUGCGCACGGAGCUAAUCGUCAUCGGUCCGCCCGGCCCCGUUGGAGCUAUCAAGGCAGAGAACGCAAAUGAAACAUCGGCGCUUCUGUCAUGGACCGAUUCCGCGACAAACGGGCGUCAUUUCUUGGGAUAUCUGAUCGAAGGGAGAACGAACCACAAUCACACCUGGAGACUCAUUGCCAACUACACCACCGGCGACCGUUUCCGCCUAGAGGCUCCAUUCCGCGCCGCGAGACGUGCGUAUCAACUACCUCGUUGGUCUCUUUCACCGUAUAGUGGGUACGAGUUCCGAAUCGCAGCCUACAACGACCUCGGCAUCGGCGAAUUCUCCGAACCUUCGCCUGUGGUCACAACUCAAGAGGAUCGACCUUAUAAUGCACCGAACAACGUUGGUGGAGGUGGUGGCAAAGCUGGUUCUCUCACAGUGACUUGGGAGCAACUUCAUACUGAAGAUUGGAACGCUCCCCAAGUGUGGUACAUCGUAUACUGGCGACCAGCUUCUGAAAAGGGCGAGUUCAACAAACAGAACCUCAAGGAGUAUGGAAAUGUUGGACUUCACGUGGUCAACGUUGGCGAAGAGAACUAUUUCCGGCCCUAUACUGUCAUGGUGCAAGCUAUGAAUUACAAAGGAGCCGGUCCCACUUCGAGGGAGGUUGAGGUUUACUCAGCGGAGGCCCGACCUGAGGUUCAACCGACGGGAGUGUAUGCGCACGCUUACAACUCCACCGCUCUUAAUGUCACAUGGACUCCGCUAGAUGUAACCAGAGAGAAGAUUCGAGGCCGUCUAAUCGGUCACAGGAUCAAAUACUGGCGCAGCAAUGCCGACGCCGAGGUGGACUUCCUCGUGCUCCUCAACCGGGGCUUGCGAAACUGGGCUCUGGUCGUAGGUUUACAGCCCAACACGGAGUAUCGAGUGGCCGUCAUGGCCUACAACGAUGCUGGAAGCGGACCCGAGUCCGAAUAUUUCAUUCAGAAAACUUGGAAGGCUGCACCGCUCCGUCCACCGACGUCUGUCAAGGUUCGACCCAUCAGUGAUACAAGCGUUAAGGUCACUUGGCGAGGAGUGGUGCCUUCGAUCGAAGAGGAGUCCAUUCAAGGCUAUAUGAUCCGAUAUUGGGAAGCCGAUCAAGAUUACACGCAGGCCAGAGAGGUUCGACGCAUUCUGGACAUUCACAGCUCCGAGCUCGAUGGCAUCGUGUCGGAUCUCGUCCCAGGGAAAGUUUACAAACUUCGAGUGCUUGCGUACUCGCUGGGAGGAGACGGCAAGAUGUCCUCGCCGCCAUGGGAAUUCAGACUUGGCGACGGCGUUCAAUCCUCCCUCACGUCGUCUUCGCUGAAGUUUGUUUCGAGUAUCCUGACCCUGCUUUUCGGCUUGUUGAUCUGUCGGAUUUAAUAGUCCUAGUGGGCUCCGUUCCACAGAGCAGCUAGAUCAUGUCACAGGUGUAUAAAUCGAGCGUCGCAGAGACCCGCCGAUCGAAUUCCACCGGAACAACGAGGGGCAAAGGCUCCAAAUCCACAGCAGCUAGGAAAAUAACGGCCCAAGACAGCGAACCGUCUCUGUCGGGGAAGAGCGAACGUUGACGAAAUCGCGAAGCCUCGCUACAAGUCUUCACCGCAUAAGCAUAAUCAUUUGCAGCAGAGAACGGCUUACUAUUUUUCUUGGAUAUGUUUCAACUACUGACUCAGAUGCUGAACGAGAAUUGUAGCCCGAGAUUCACGAUACGGUGUCACCGAUUUUCUGAUUUGCCAAAAUGACGAUAUAUUAUACACUUAUCGCUCGAAACAUUCCAUCUUUCGGAGAAGCAUUGUAUACACUGCCGACAUUAGCCAAGAGCUCUCCGGCACAGCUCGGCUUAUUUCAUCAAAGCCUUCUCUACGGUGAGCAAUAUUUUUCUACUACCUAACUUAUUGAGCGUAUAGGAGAGGUUUUCUACAGAUCGAGCAUCAGUAAAACCCGGAGCUUCGUGUGAGGCAGUUUUUAUAGUAAGGAUCGGAGCUCCGUGCUGUACAUACUGGAAUGGAACUAUAAUUGAUGUUACUGGAGCCAGCGAUGAA